AUUUAAAAUGGAAAAAGCUACUAAAUUUGCGGAAUCAAUUCGAUGGCCAUCUCGUAUUGACAAAGACAACGUUGCCUUGCCUGUGAUCAGCAUUGCUGCUGCUGCAACAUUACUUUAUUCAACUUAUCGCCUAGUGUCUUCUAAUAACCAUCAACGCAAUGGCAAGUAUACUAAAGAGAUUCCUUCUCCUGGAUCUUGUUAUCCUUAUGUUGGCCAUAUGUUCUCUUUGGGCCAAGUGCCUUCUAUCCCCGUCAACAAAUGGCAUAAUGAACUAGGUCCACUUAUCAAACUUCAAAUGGGUCGUAAGACUUGGAUUAUGGUGAAUGAUCCCUUUUUAGCGCACAAAAUUUUUGUCAACAAUGGUGCAGCAACCUCUUACAGACCCCAUACUGUUUAUGGAUAUCAUUACUAUGGCAUGGAUGGAAAGGGUGUCGUCUUUGCUCAGCCUGGUGCCGGCUUUAAAAAGAACCGUGCAGCAGCAUUGUCCUUAUUAGCUCCUAAACAAAUUGCAAGUUUUGCACCUAACAUCAAAGAAGAAUCCACAAAUCUCGUAACACGCCUGAUUGAAGCUACGGAAAAGUACGGCAGCGUAGAUCCUCUCAAAAACCUUGAGUUGAAUGCUAUGAAUGUCAUUUUGGAGGCUACAUUCGGUAAACGUUUCAAGUCCGUUGACGAUCCUGAGUUCCGCAAAUUGUCAGAGAUUGUAGAAUUGUCUAUGAAAUAUGCUGGUUUAGAAAACGACUUAUCCAACUUUUUGCCCAUUAUUUCAUUUGUUGACAACUAUACCGGUCGCCAAUACAAAUGGAGAAAGUUCAUGACUACAGAACGUAACCCAGCGUACGAAGAAUUAAUCAAGCAAGCCAUGUUAAAAGACAGCCCUAAUUUGAUGAAUGCAUUAGAAGAAAAUGGAUACCCAAUGACAAUGGAUGAAAAGAUUGUGUUUGCAUCGGACAUGGUUGCUGCUGGUACUGAUACAAUCUCGGUUACAUUAUCCUGGAAUUUCGUAUUGAUGUGUCACCAUCCUGAAGUUCAGAAGAGAGUUUCUGCUGAAAUCGAUGCAUUUGUUGCAAAGCAUGGUCAUUUACCUACUUUUGAAGAAAGAUCAGAAGUUCCUCUCUGUAUUUCUGUUAUCAAGGAAAGUAUGAGAUUUAGACCCGCUACUUUCUUUGGCUUGCCUCAUACUCUUCAUGAAGAAAUUGAGGUGGAUGGCUAUGUUAUUCCUAAAGAUGCUACUAUUCUUGCCAGUAUGCAUAGUAUGCACUUGAAUCCUAACUGUUAUACCAAUCCUGAAAAGUUCAUUCCUGACAGAUUCAUGGACAAUUUGAGAACAAUGCAAUCUUGCGCUAAUGGACGUAUUGAAGAACGAGACCAUUAUAACUUUGGCUGGGGAAGACGUGUUUGUCCUGGUAUUUCAUUGGCUGAAGCUGAAGUUUUUGCCAGUUUUAUUCAAGUCUAUUCUCGAUGCUUUAUUGAACCUGCAGAUGGAAAGACUAUGCCUGAUAUUGAGACAUUGAAGAACGUUGGUCUUACUGUCUUACCUGCUGCUCAAAAACUCAAGUUCACAAAACGUUUUUAAUAGCUUUUUGUAUUUAUUUAUUGAUACUAAAAAUUAAACCUCAAGAAUGAAAUUGUUUGGAAA